AUGGCAUCAUUCAACAAAGUCAUGCUCAUGGGAAACCUUACCCGUGACAUCGAGAUCAGACACACAUCAGGAAACACCGCAGUUGGCAACUUUGGACUUGCAGUUAACCGUAAGUUCAAGACUCAAUCAGGCGAGCAGCGCGAGGAGGUUUCGUUCAUCGACUGCACGGUAUUCGGUCGAGGCGCUGAAACACUCAGUCAGUACACGCAGAAGGGGGACGCGCUGUUUAUCGAAGGCCGCCUGAAAAUGGACGAAUGGCAGGAUAAGAGCACCGGCGCGAAACGAACCAAGCUCGGCGUUGUUGUUGAAAACUUCCAGCUUAUGCCUAGAGGCGGCUCAGGCGACGGAGAGAACCGCGGGUAUUCAGGGGGGCAAUCACGCCAACCACAGGGGGCAAACGCCGGAGGCAUCGACCACGACUCUAUACCGUUCUAA